UGAAAAUACCUGUACACAAAUCCUCACACAUAAAUCUAACACUUCAGUCAGUGGGGAAUGUGUAUGCUUUGCAGGAAUUAGAAGAGGACACAAUCCGACAGAGGUUACUUAGUAAGAGAAGUUUUUUUAAAGAAAAUGUCCAAUGAACUUGAUUACCGGCCAGUUAUGCUCAUUCAAAAUGACAACAUUAAUCUUCAAAAAUAUUCAUACGCCAGUGAAGAUGAAGCCUGGACAAAAUAUUUAGAAAACCCUAUGACGGUAGCUACCAAAGCCAUGAUGAGAGCAAAUGGGGAUGACGAUGGUGUAACUGCUUUGAGCUUUCUCUAUGACUACUAUAGGGUCCCAAAGGAAAAGAGACUCAUUCCUCCUGGAUCAACAGGGCGACUUGAACAAGUCAAAAGAAAUUGUGUUGAUUAUGAAACUGAUAUUUCGAAUUUUGAAAAUCCAAAUGGACUAAUGAAGUUUCUUUCGGAUAACUCCUCCACUCAAGAAUUCUCAGAGACACAUAAAAAAAAUAACUAUUUAACUCUGGAUUGCCUAAUAAAUUCCAAUAAACUUACUAUUCCUUCAAACAUUGGCAAACUAGAAACUGAUGUCCAUGAAGAUUUUAUGGCUGUUUCAUGUGAUGUAUAUGAGAAAAAUUCACUUAACCUUUUUGAAACGUUACAUGUAGCACAACCUCAACAAAGAUGGCAACCUGACAGUACCUUUAAGGAGGACACACCCGAGCCCCUCAUAUUCAGUGACAUAUUAAGAACCCAAGCAGAGUCUACUUGUUCAGAAGAAUACCUACAAGGAGAGACAAGUCGGGAUUUUGAAUACACACUGGAAUCUCCAAAAGCUAUUCACAUAAAGUCCGGAGACUCUCCCAUGGCUUAUCUAAACAAAGGUCAAUUUUAUCCAGUAAACCUCAGAACUACAGAGAGCAGAAAACGCUUGCAUUUGUCAUCCAGUAAAGUCAAGAGUGUUGUCAUGGUGGUCUUUGACAAUGAAAAAAACCCAGAAGAGCAGCUGAAACGUUGGAAACAUUGGCACUCCAGGCAACCAACUGCAAAGCAAAGGGUUAUUGAUGUUGCUGACUAUAAAGAAAACUGUAACACGGUGGAAAACAUUGAGGAAGUGGCCUACAAUGCAUUAUCAUUUAUGUGGAACAUCAAUGAAGAAGCAAAGAUUUUUGUUGGAAUCAAUUGCCUAAGCACAGACUUUUCAUCUCAGAAAGGAGUGAAGGGGGUACCACUAAAUCUCCAAAUCGAUACAUAUGACUACGACACAGGAGUGAAGAGACUUAUUCACAGAGCUGUUUGCCAGAUUAAAAUAUUCUGUGACAAGGGAGCAGAGAGGAAAAUGCGGGAUGAGGAACGCAAACAGUUUAGAAGAAAAGGGAAAUGUGCAGAUCCCAACAGCAAAGUAGAUAUGAAGGGAUCUCUACUGCCGGGAUACAAAGGCACAGAUAUCACUUAUCUCAGGACAGAAAAGGACAUGGAAACUCAACCUGUGUUAUUUAUUCCUAAUGUACAUUUUUCCAACCUUCAAAGAUGUGGCAUAGUACUUCCCCCUGUUACAGAUAAUAAUGACAGAUUAGCCUUAAAGAGAAGUUGUCCAGCUUUCACAGAAGGCUUUGAGAUGCCCCCAUCUAAACAAGCAACAACCGCAGAAUCACAAAGAGUUUUGUUAUAUGUGAGGAGGGAGUCAGAAGAAGCAUUUGAUGCGCUAAUGUUGAAAACACCAGAUCUCAAAGGUUUACGAAAUGCGAUCUCAGAAAAAUAUGAUUUACCAGAAGAAAGGAUAUUCAGAGUCUACAAAAAAUGCAAAAGAGGAAUCCUAGUGAACAUGGAUAACAACAUAAUCCAGCAUUACAGCAACCAUGUGGCUUUUCUUCUGGACCUUACAGAAAUGGAAGGAAACAUCACAGUGACACUUGAAGAACUUUAACAUCAAUGGUGGACUUUGAACAAAUAAAGACUCAUGAACAAUGGGAUGAGACACACAGUGAAAAUGACCUCAGUCAUAAUUUAGGGCUUGUGCUUUUCCAUGGAACAGUAGAGUUCAAUGUUUUUUUCAGACAUUGUGAAGUCACCUACUCAUAGGAAAGUUAACACAAGGUCUUCAAAAGACUGUCAGGUACAGAAAAUGUAUUCACAGAUUUCUGGAUGACAAUUUUAAGACACUUAACUCUGUUUCCAGAGUUGCAAAGUUUUUUUAUGGUAAAUUGAGAUUUUACCGUUGCUAUUUCUGCAACCAGGCUGCUUUUGUACCAACGUUAUUUCUUUUAAUUAUAAGUAAAGUAUUUUUUAUAACUGUUUUUUGUUUUUGCUUCAACCAGUUAUGUAUUUUAUUAGCAAAUAUUAAAAACAUCAGUUUAAAUAUUUUCUUUUCCCAUGCCACAAAUGGCAUGGCAACAUGCAAAGGGACAUGAAAUGUGAAUUCCAUUAGGCCAGUCAGUAAUGUUGUCUUUGUGUUUUACCCACUGUGAAAAAAUAAUCCAAUAUACCAUAGCAGCAUGAUUAAGACUGAAUAUGAAAUUUAUUUUAUUAUAGAAAAGCUGCUUACAAUACAAAUGUUAUAUUUAAAGGGGUAAGAUACACAGAAUUUUUCCAUUUUUUUUUAAAUGGAUACUCAUGCACUGAAUAAACCAAUAUUUUCAGAGAGCAAUAGCUACCUAGGUUUCAGUUACACAUCCUGUUAGUUUUCAAAUUGAAACAUACCUUUAAUAUGUUUAACUGCUGCUCUCAUAUAUACAUAAAAUAAAUAUCUUGUGUAAAAUGUCCCUUUAAAAGACUUGCCAAAAAAAGUUGAAGAUCUAUAUUCGAUAAUUUCUUUCAAAGCUGUAAAUAUGUUUUUAAAAACUUGAUUUUUUUUUUUAUAAAAAAUAGAAAAAUCAUCAAUACAGUAUAUGUUUUUCAAGAGGUUGUCAAAGAAGCCCCUUUUUACUAUUAGCACUAUCAAUUUUUCAAUUACAAUAUUUUAUAAUUGAGUUCACACAAAGAGGAAAUUUCUCCCACAUGUUUAAAGAAAUUGUAUUUCAUCAGGAACUAUUUAAUUUAAAACCAUGCUUUUAAACAUUGUCCUUUUUAUAACAAAAAAUGCUGCCAGUUUUUAUUAGAAAAGACCUACUGAUAUAAAAUGUUACUGUUUUUAUACAUUUCCUAUUGAUGACUCUUUUUUAUAUAAAUGUGUAUAUAUUUGUAUGUAUUUUAAUAUACAGACACUUGUUUUUGUCAUUUCAACAACAUGCCUUCUCACAUUUCCUA